AUUUCUGGUAGUCAUCGAUGAUGACGCAUUUGUAAACGGAAGUGUUUUCAGUUAAACUUACGUCAUCAAGUCGCGCCUCAUUGUUUUGGAAAGCAAGCAUGGCUGGUUCAGUAACUGGCGUAGCUGUGCCUAAACAUUCUUUAUCAAAACUACAAUCUUUAAAUGGACUUUUUGCCAUUUAUAAAAAGGAAGGACCUACGUCUGCUGAUGUUUUAAACUCAUUAAAAGAGACACUCCUCAAAGAGGCCGGUGUGAAAGAUCCUAAUCCCAGAAAAAGGAAGAAGCAAGCUCUGAAAAUGGGGCAUGGCGGGACUCUGGACAGCGCAGCCUCUGGUGUGCUCGUUGUUGGGAUUGGAAAUGGAACAAAGAUGCUUAGUACUAUGCUUGCUGGUUCAAAGAAAUACAUGGCUGUUGGAGAGUUGGGAAAAGCAACAGACACCCUUGACGCCACAGGCAAGGUGGUUCAUGAGAAGCUCUAUGAUCACAUUACCAGGGAAGCCUUUGAGGAGAAGUUGAAGCAGUUCACUGGGGACAUCAUGCAGGUUCCUCCACUGUACUCUGCACUGAAGAAGGAUGGCAAGCGUCUUUCUGUCCUACUGAAGCAAGGCCACGAGGUGGAAGCCAAACCUGCACGGCCGGUCACAGUGUAUAACCUGUCACUGCAGGACUUCACUCCCCCCCUCUUCACUCUUGAUGUUGAAUGCGGUGGUGGAUUUUAUAUCAGAAGCUUGGUGGACGACCUGGGAAAAGCGCUCUCGUCGUGUGCCCACGUGAGGAAGCUGAUCCGGACCAAACAGGGUCAGUUUACCCUUGACGACCACACGCUGCAGGAGGAACACUGGACACUACAACACAUCGUUCAGUCCAUGCAGCCCUGUCCCGGGUCAGAGGUCACCAAGGAGGAUGGCACAAAACCAAGCCCAAACCUGGGGGUUAAACGGGCCCUGAAUGCCCAGGUGAAGGGGGAUAAGAAUGGCAAAGAUGAAACGGGGGAGUUAUAACCCCCCCUCAAAGUCACAAUGUCCCCUCUAUAUGAGAGUUUAAGGCGGCGUUUUGGUUCCCUGCCCCUUCCCGGAGGUGUGCACUUGUUCACUCCCUCUCAUGCAUGUAAAAGCAUUGGUUUGGUGCAAGCAUGGCUGGUGGGAAUUUCCAACAUAUUCCUCAAGCCGGUCAAUUCUUUGGCGGAAGCCAGUUGAACCAGUCCCUGCACUGUUACAUGCAUCAUUUUUGUUGAUGUGACAAUUUAAUGUUUUUUGUUUUGUUUAUAGUUUAAAUAAUUUAGCAUUUUUAAAUAUUGGUUUUAUUUUCAUUAAUUGUCUUAUUUUGUCAUGCAUUUUGAGGUUUUGUUUUGAAUACUGUUCCAAUCAAAGAUCUCUACACCAUCUAGUGUUGGCACAAGAUAAGACAUGGAAGCAACUUGAAAUGUAACUCCCAUUCCUUUGUAAUUGACAGCAGCGCAUGCCAGAAUUAAUAAACAACAAAAGUCUCCACA